AUGUGUAUCGCUGGCAUCCCCGAGUCUGGCGUAUCGCGUGAGAGCCUUAAGCAGGCCGUUGAGAGCUUCGGGACGGCUUUGUACAUCGACUUUUCCUUCGGGGCGCGCGAAGCCUGGAUUAGGCGAGUAACAUAACAGCUAAACGGUUGUAGGAUGUUAAAUUUACCUGGGGAGUGGGUGUGAUGGUCCGCUCUCGUCGUCGCGUGAAGCCUGGCUUAGGCGAGUUAUAGCUGUAACAACACCGCAGGAUGUGAAAGUUUGGGGCGGUAGAAGGGAUUCAUUCGCAUCGGCGACGAUAGUAGUAGACCUGCCUUCGCCAAACAAAGCCGUACGUACGUACCUCGGUGGUUGGUGGUCUUGCAUUGGGAUGGUCUAACUUUGUGGAGUG